GAAGCAACUCUACAAGGUCUCUUAUUUCUACGGCUUACUUACUUCCGCGGGGCGGUCGGGUGGCCGUGGCGAUAACAGCGCCGGUCUUCACACGGCAGGACCGGGGAUCAAAUCCCAUCCAGACCGCGCCUCCCCGUACGCCGGGCUGACUACUUUGCUGCGGGUAAAAUCAAGUCACAGAAAGCCAGAAAUGUGGCAGGCCGAGACCUCCCGAGGUUGUAGUGCCAAGGAAGAAGAAGACUUACUUCCGGAUCUGCCAUCGCUUCGCGAUCUUGGCCUGCUGCAACGAUCCUCGAUACCACCAAUCGAUUAUCCCGGCCACCAUCACUACCACGCCUUCUAUGUCCAUGUGGGCUGCCUAAAAGGACUUUACGGGCUGGGUCGUCCGGUGUCAUUCUCAUGACAUGAUCAGCCCACGGGAGCCUGUCGAGCCUAAUUCGACUCGUUUAUCUCCAAUCCGAGGUUCAGCGUCGGUUGCUCGGCCCUUGGUAAGCUACAUACGGGAGCCUCAAACCAAUGAUGUCUAUGUCACCAGCGUAUGCCACGAUCUGGAAUGACCUACGGCAGACCGUCCCCAAAGUUUCCACCUCCGAGUCACGGAUGACUCUCUCUCUCUAGUGGCAGAGAAAACCCUGGCACCCUGGCGCCUCCACCAACUCACUCAACCUAACAUUAAGCCCUUACCGCACACCACAUUACGAUGACAAACACGGUACGAUAAUCGGCUGUAAACGUCUCUUUGAAUCACUAUCACUGUUUCAGCAUAACUACGUGCUCGCUCGAGGUUAUAAAAACGACUGAAUCGUACCCACCCGUACACGAUCAAGCUGCAUAUCGGUCCCUCCCCCAAAAAUGAUGCAAAUUUUAGGGGACUGAACUCAACGACCCAUGUUGUACAUCACCCGGGCUCGGUAAUGCAUUCCUGUCUCGUCUCUGUUGCUUCCCAUUCAUCUUGCUUUCGAAUGGUUGUUCGUGUAGCUUUUACAUGUCCCGAGAUAAAUCACGCUUCGUAUGUGGCGCGUGAGUACUCCUCCAAAGCUGUGUAAACAAAAACCCCCCAAAGAUCUAGGCUGGGCAACGUGUUCCACAAUGUGUAGCACCGCGAUCAGUCGGGAACAUCGUGCAGCGUUGAAGAUACGAUCAACCCAUCAUUGCUCAGUGGCAGCAUGAUUUCUUCCACCUCGUACCGCUACCUCCGGUAUGCCGUGUGUGCCUUUCUGUUGCUGCUUCUCAUUCGCCUGAUACGCCACCGGAAGCCAAAGGAAACGUACAUCCCGGCGGAUGUCGUGAACGAAGAUCCAGGCUUUCUACAGUCCUACGACACCUCCACCGAACUGCACCGGUUCAGCAGCGUGUACUUUAUCGAAUCGUCCGCACCGUUCAAAUCGAUCGUUACCAUCGAACCGCGGCAGGCCUGUGCAAUCGAAUCGGCCGCUCGUGCCAAUCCGCACCGGAAGGUGAUCGUUUUGUUUGCCUCGUGGAACGAAUUUACCAACCCGAGCCAGGUCCGGUUUCCCGACAUUCUGACGCUCGUCCAGCUGCCGAACGUUCACUUCCGCUGGUUAGAUUUGGAGCACUUUGCCCGGGGCACCCCGGUGGAGGAAGCGAUCAAAUCGGACCAACUGCACCAAAGGGCAAAUGGUGCCGAAUAUCUGUCGGAAAUAUUGCGCCUAGUGCUGCUGUACAAGUACGGUGGGAUCUAUCUCGAUCUGGACGUGGUUACGAUGAAGAGGCUAGAGUUUUACAAUCCAAACUUUUUCGGUGCCGAAACGCACCGGCUCGUCGGCUCGUCCGUGAUAGGGCUGGAACGGCACGGCUUUGGACAGACGUUCGCCGAGCGAUGUCUGAACAACUUCAAAUACUUUGACAAUCAGAACGACGUCCGGAAUGGGUCCUUGCUGCUCACCUACCAGAUAGUGCAAGCCUGCGAAAAACUCACGCUGGACGAGGUCGUUACCGGCGGUUGCGGAGGAUUGCUGGAGGUGUACACGGAGCGCUUCUUCCAUCCGUUCGAUGAAACUAAUGUAAGCAUCAUGUUUGAUCCCGAACGGCUGGAAGAGGCAAAGCGCCGAAUUUCGAAAGCGAUGGUCGUCCACAUGCUUCAUCGUACCAGCGGGAAGAUGCGGAUCGACGGCAAACCGACGGGAUAUGAAUUGAUUGCGAAAAACUACUGUCCUAGUGUGUAUCGAGCUAAUAGUGAUGAUUUUUAGCAGCUCUAACUAUUAGAAAUAAAUUAAACUAAAUCUGUUUUCCUUCAAAAA